AUGCAGUUGAAGACUCCCAUACCUGCUAUACCUUCCAUGCCUGCCAUGCCCGCCAUGUCCGGGGUCUGUCUUCCACGACAGGUUCGCCGGGUGGUGCCGCUCUUCCUGGCUGUCUUCUGUCUAGUUUUCUAUCUCUCACUUACAGGCACCUUCGCCGAGUUUCACGGGGGCCUCGCACGCCAGAGCAAGUGCAGGCUCUUCCCCCGCAAGAUAUGGCAGUCAUGGAAGGUCAAUCCCUUCGAAUUCGAAGAGCGUGAUCUGAACGUGGCCCGUACCUGGACCUCCAUUAACCCAGGCUACCGCUACGAGGUGCUGACCGAUCAAAAUGACCUACAUUAUGUCGAGACAAACUUCGGGCCUGACGGCCUCAAUCGUCCAGACAUUGUCGAGACUUACCGCUCCCUGACCGCAAAGAUCAUCAAGGCCGAUCUGCUCCGGUACCUCGUGAUGUAUGUGGACGGUGGAGUAUACGCCGAUAUUGACGUUGAAGCCCUGCGGCCGCUAGAACGCUUCAUCCCCGAACGGUUCAACGAAGCGGACAUGGAUCUGAUAAUUGGUGUCGAGAUUGACGAACCCGACUUCAAUGACCAUGCCAUCCUGGGCCCUAAGUCACAAUCCUUCUGUCAAUGGACCUUUAUCAGCAAGCCACGCCAGCCAGUCAUGAUGCGGCUGGUGGACCGCAUUCUCGAAUGGCUGCACGAUCACUCCGUCAAGCAGGGAAAGCCCAUCUCCGAUCUCGAGCUUGACUUCGACGAUAUCAUUAGUGGGACCGGCCCCUCCGCCUUUACGGAAGCUGUACUGGCUGAGAUGAGCGCCCGCACUGGCCAGGAAGUGACCUGGAAGACGUUUCACGACAUCCCCGAAUCAAAGUUAGUGGGUGGUAUCCUAGUGCUCACAGUGGAGGCCUUUGCUGCAGGCCAGGGUCAUUCGGACUCGGGUAACCACAAUGCGCGAUCGGCGCUGGUCAAGCACCACUACCACGCGUCGGGGUGGCCCAACACCCACCCGCGCUUCAAACACCCUCUCUACGGCGAAGUUGAACAAUGCAACUGGAAUAAGCAAUGUGUGGCGGACUGGGAUGCCAACACGGCGGCUUUCGCGGCCCUGUCACCGGAGGAGCAGGAGCAGCAGAUCGCCAUGAAGCAGGCCGCUGAUGCCGCCGAGACCGAGAUGGCCGUGGAAGAUCUGGCGGGGGAUGAUGGAGAUCUCGGGCUCGCCAUCGAGUGA